AGCAAAGUAUGAUCCAAUAGUUGUCUGUUAAUGUUAUUUGAAGAAAAACAGACCUAAAAACCAAACACCAUUUCCAAAAGCCCUUUCAGUUUCAGAGAGAUACACUUUCAUUUCAAAGCUCCAACGAAUCCUAACCAUGGCGACUGAGAUAGCAGCGGCCACCGAGGCCAACAUUUUAGCAGAGCCCGAGGCUGCAGCGGCUAUUGUGGCCGAGAACAAGACGCAAGGCGAGCCACACAAGUUGGAUAAGAAAUGGACCUUUUGGUUCGAUAACCAAUCUAAGCCUAAGCAAGGCGCCGCCUGGGGCACUUCUCUUCGCUCUGUCUACACUUUUGACACCGUUGAAGAAUUUUGGUGUUUGUAUGACCAGGUAUUCAAGCCUAGCAAGUUGACAUCACAUGCAGAUUUUCAUUUGUUCAAAGCUGGGGUUGAACCCAAGUGGGAAGAUCCUGAAUGUGCUAAUGGAGGAAAGUGGACUGUUAUCAGCAGUAGAAAAUCUACCCUUGACACUAUGUGGUUAGAAACUUUGAUGGCUUUGAUUGGAGAGCAAUUUGAUGAGGCUGAUGAGAUUUGUGGUGUGGUCGCAAGCGUGCGCCAGAGGCAGGACAAACUUGCGCUCUGGACAAAGACAGCUGCCAAUGAGGCUGUUCAGAUGAGCAUUGGAAAGAAGUGGAAGGAGAUACUAGACACAACUGACAAAAUCACUUACAGCUUCCAUGUAAAGUUUAAUAUAUUGGUAAUUUCUGAUUUCAGGCUGCACUUUUCUUUCUCUAUUCCUCACCCCUUCUUGUUUUUGCAGGAUGAUUCGAAAAGAGAGAGAUCUGCGAAGGGUCGUUACACUAUACCAUGAACAUUACUCGACAUUUUGAGGCUUGAUCCUUUACUUAGUUACUUGCAAUUUUACAAAAUACUAGCAGCGGCAACUCAUUGCAGAUUUUGAUGUUUCUGUCUAUUGAGGAAAACCAAUUAGAUCAAAUAUUUUUUGUGGUGUUUUUUGAUUGUAAUAUGACAACCGCUCUUUAUUUUUUUGUAUUGCAAAUUUUUUAUCAAAAAAAAUGAUUACUUAAAUUUGUUUCUUA